AGAGAACUACUGAGGACACCAGAAAUAUAUAUGCUAUUCAGUAUCACAAUACUCCUGUAACCAUUUUGACACCAGCUUCUAUUUUAUUAUGGGUGAGAGUGAGGAUACCGUUGACAGUGGAUGAGAUUAAGUAACCACAAAAGAAGCGCUAAAGAGAACCAACAACAUGUUCCAUCGGUUAAAAAAGAUGCAUCUCACUGCCUAUUUCAUAACAGUCCUCAUGAGCUCUGUGCGGGCAUCUGCGGUAAAGGUGAGAGGAAAACGAGGAAUGUCUGUCUCUCUAGACACCAGAGAAGAUAGCCAGAAGGACAGCCACAUAGUUUGGCUGUUUGGACGUGACAAGCCGACCAUGCGGAUCGCCAGUCUGAAUGAUGGAGAGGUGAAGACAGACUAUGUUGACAGUUUCAGAGACAGACUGCAGCUGGACAGUCUGAAUGGAUCUCUCACCAUCACGGACCUCAGAAUCAGUGACUGUGGAAUUUACCUGGGGCAAAUCAUCAAUACCAAGAUCUCUUCUCACACCUUCCAUCUUACUGUGUACAGUUUUGUCUCCCCUCCAAACAUCAAAACUCUUGCAUCUUUGGUCAAUGGAAGCUGCUCACUCACAGUGGAGUGCUCUGUGGCAAACGGCAGAGAGGUGAUCCUGGCCUGGUACAGAGGAGAGGAGAGACUCAGCCAGACAAGCAGUUCUGACCUUUCCGUGCUCUCUCUUCCUCUGGAGAUAAAGGACCAUGAUGGAGACAUCUACAGCUGUGUGGCUGAAAACCCUGUUGAUAAAACUGCCACCAAACUCCACACAGAGGAGGCUUGUCUGAAGAGUGGAGAAUGUACCUGGUGCUGUCAGAAGCAAGCUACAGUGCGAUUGGUUAUUUCUGCUGUCGUGGGCGUGGCGUUGAUUGUUCUACUUGUGGACCACUUCAGACCCAGGAGAUGCCCCAAGCACAGUCCCUGAGGACUGUUUCAAAGCACAACGCCCUGCUGCGAGCUGUAAAGCCAGGCUAAAUGGAACCUGACAUAAGCUUGGCAGGAAUUAGUAAGCCUGAAUUAUUUUUUAGAACUUGGACAUGGACCAAAGAAUGAUUGCAUUUUAUGACCCUAACUAAAGUCUAAACUUUCACAAAUAAAACAUUUACUUAACAGUAUAUUUAAUAGUUUUGAAUAUGCAUUUUAAAAAAUUCUGCUCACUUACUGUAUUGUUUGCCAUUGUGAUUUCCU